UAAGUUGCUAACUUCGUUACUUCCAUCAGUACCAACUUUUUUAAAAUGACAAAAAUACAUCAUUUAGUGUUGCUACAUAGAUCCUCUAAAAAAUUGGGAUAGUUCGGUGCAAUUUAAAAAAUAAAUUAUUCUGUCCUAAAAAACGUGUAUAUACUUUUGUUUAUGACUGUAAUUCAAACUUGUUGUAUAUAAGUAAUUGUAAACAUUAUAAUAACGAACAGAAAAAAAUGAAUCAAGCAAAUGUGGAGAAAUUAGUUUCAAAGUUAAAAUUCAAUAUUAGACCCGAGCCUCGCAAGUUAAAAAAUGUACUUGGUCCGAAAGGAAGAAUUUAUAAAAUUCAAAAAACAUUAACCGCUGUAAUUAAGUAUGAAAGAAUUGAAUUAAUUUACGAAAGAGCCGAUGAAACUAGAGGUUAUGUUGAACUAUUGAUAUCAGAAGCUCUACGUCACGGACCUGAGCAUAAAGAAAUGAUGGAACUUGCAAACUUCUGGAUUCUAGAAAAACAGCUCAUUCAUAAACUUUUUAAGGUAUUAGUACCAAGAUAUCAAAAUUAUACAACUUCGUUCACGAAGCUUCAUAAUGCACCAUCUAUAUAUCCAGGGUUUGCUUUCAGAAGAGCUAUUUUAGAACUAAAAGGGAACGUAUAUCCCAGCGUAGAACAAGUUGAUCCAAAUCAGCAUAAUCUACUUCAUAAUGUGCUACUCAAUGCAGCUAGGAAAGAAUAUAGAAUGGAAAAGUAUGAAGAAAUAGCUGCAAAUAUGAAAUUCUAAAUCAUUUGAAAAUAUUUUAUUUGUUAUCAAACAAUAGAAAAAUAUACAAUAUUGACAUGGAAUG